AUGACCGCAGUAACUUUGAGAGAACCCUUUGAGAUAGAACAAAAAGUUAUUACAAUCAAAAAUCAAAAUAACUUAUUUGAUAUUGGUGUUAGCAUUCCGGUAGAAAUUCAUUCAAAAACUGUGAAUUCGAAAAUUAAUAUUAACGUUAAAACAGUCGAUGAAAAAAUUAUUGAUACGAUAAAUGAUAUAAAUAAUGAAAAUGCUGAAAAAUCAAUUAAUGAGCAUGAUCCUGAAUUAGAAGAAAAGAUUCUUAUUACUUACAAAGGAUCUGGUAUUUCUUUGGUUUCUGAUGAUGGUCGUCAGUUACGCAAUUGGCCCAUUCCCCCUCAAUAUUCCGUGAUUACUCCCGCAAAGUGUCUUAUAAAGUCUGGUAGAUGUUAUGUUUACGUAAUAAUUCACUCUGAGAACGAUGUUAUAGGUUCAGAUAAGGUUAUAUGGUUUUGGAAAGACAGAAAAAAGUCUUUGGAUAGUUCCCAGCCAACUAAAAAGAAGACUAGAGAAUUUGAAAGAGAAUUAUUUUCUCUAGAAUUAUCUUCUCUUCUUCCAAAAAAUAUCAUUCUAAUAAACAAAGACGGUUCCUUGUUAAUAGUUAAGAAUAGUUUGAAAGCUGCCUACAAUGAUCGUUUUAUUGGUGCCAAAAGUAAAAAAAAACGUGAUGUUGUCUGGUCAACUCUUUUUAAUUCUUCCGGUUCAUGUGUUCCUACAAACUUCUCACCACAUCCAUCUUUAGUGGUCCUCACAAUUUCAAUGAAUAAAUCUGAGAAAAACAAUGCUUCUCUAUCUUCUAAACAUUUUUUUCUAUCUUUCAUAUGUAUUAAUUGCAAUACAUUGCAAUAUGAGUAUCUGGCUCACUACACACACUCUACACAAUCUGAUCAGUUGUCAACUCCUCUAAUUUUUAAUUUUGAUCCAUUGACUGGAAGAUUGUUUGUAUUAUUUUCACCAGGCGUGUUGAAAGUGUUUAUGAUCACUUUUAAUUUUAUCGAUUCCAAAUUGGAUAUUACGUUGUCCGAAGUUUAUAAAUUUGAAUUUGAUGGACUGAUUCCAUUCACGGAAAAAUAUUUUUCAACAACACAAGGUGAACAUGCAUUGCAGUUCGCUCCUAUUUCCGAUUCUUAUUUGGCUCUUGUUGGAAUGCAAAAAACUCUUGCAUCAA